AUGGAAGACAUCUCUGUCCUGAAAAACCUCUCGGCUGAAGUUCCGCUACCGGACUGUGAUACACUCAACCGUUUUUAUGACAAAUGUGUCAAAGUCUCACCCAAUGAGAGCUGGAGGGUGACUGAGUUUGUGGAGGGGUUUGCUAAUGACCUAUUAGAAGCCAUGAGGAGCAUGAGUGAUGUGGAGGUUGGCAUGGUAAUUGAAGACUUUGUGGUGGAGGGCAGGAUCAGUUCCCUUGUAGUCAAAAUGGUGGAUGGUGGUGUGAACCAAAAUGGCUGCCCGUGUCGCACAGCUGCCAUAGGAGAUGAUGAUAUGCUAUGCCUGCUGUGUUGUGACAAUGAGAAAGUCAAAGUGGUAAAAGUCACUGAUGUAUUGGAUAGCGCUCUUUGCUCAAAACACACCCCUUACCUGGCCAAAACCCAGUUUACCAAAUGGUUCCAGAGACAGAUAUCCCACAAGUACGAAUUUGAGCUGACAUUUCGCAACAUAGACGCCCCAGGAGCUCUGAUGGUUCGAUUCAGAUCAGGGAAGGUGAUAACCUUCGAUAUGGCUCCCGUAGUGAAACUCAAAGACACUGAAGCUUAUUUCACCAUUUCUCCUUCCACCCCAACUACGAACAACUCCUUGGACACAUACUGGAGGCUCUCAUUGACCACUUACGAGGACCACUUCCUGAAGUACCUGGCCAAUCACCUGCCUGAAAACUCCUGCCACAUUCACUGCCUUGGAAUUGUAGUGUUCCUUCACAAAAAGCAAACGGGCCUCACAGGCAGAAGUAUCCUUACAGAUCAUCACUUCAAAACAGUGUUAAUUCACUUGCUUUUGAGUAAAGAGCCUUCUGACUGGUACCCUGAACACUUGGCUAGCAGGUUACGUGAUGCAUUGCACUUCCUAGAAAAUAGCCUUCAGGGCAGGAAGUUGCUUCACAGCUUUAUUGGAAAGCCUCUGGUUCCAAGUGAGAUUGGACUCCCUGCUGUAUUUAGUGAUGCAGAGCCUGUAAACCUCUUCCGCCCUCUUGGGGUACAAAAUGGCAGCUACACCAAGACUGUAAAGCACUCGCAAGAGAUGCUCAGGAACUCUUCCAUGCUGAUACACGAGUAUUUGCCAAAGCCAAAGGAAUGCAAUGGUCUGGACAAAACCUCAACUGGUAUAAAGUGUUGA